AUGCCCAAGUGCAGACGGCUUACCAACCUGUGGAGCUGCAUCGAGCCCUGUUUGAAUCACCGUUAUUCUGUCUGUCUGUGGGUGGUGAUACAGGCGACAGGAGGAAAUGAGAAGCCGAGCCCCACAUUCAGCCCUAAAAUCAACACAAGCAUGAUUGUGUUCUGGAAAACUUGGUCGUCUCUUCAUCAUUACUGGUUGCUGCUGCUUUCAACCGGAGCUGUUUUGGGCCAGUUCCAGUUGGAGCCUUUAAAUCUGACCAAGCUCCGAGGUUCUGAGGCCAAGUUCAACGCCACCGUGCUGGGGCCCUGGAGCUUCAUGACCUGGACGCUGGGUGACCUCCUGGUGGUCACGAUGCCCUCCGUAGGCAACGCCACGUCCUCCUCAACGCGGUUCUCUGCACGGCACUGCAGCGGUGGGAGCAGUUGUGUGGAGUUUACUAUUCACGGCGUCACACGGCAAGACUCCGGCCCCGUCAUCUGCGCCGUACAGGGGGAUUACGGGGCCAAGACGGCACAGCUGUACGUCCAAGAGAGCGGCCGCACCAGCAUCCUGGGAGGCGACCGCACGGUGAACCAGGACGAGCAGGUGCAAUUCCAAUGUGAGGCCGCUGGAUGGUUUCCCGCGGCGACCAUCAGCUGGACUCUCAACGGACACUCGGUGAACAGCAGCCUGGUCAACACCACUGAUGUCGCACACGGGACCACCUACAACUCCACCAGUGUGCACCAGUUUCAAGCCAAACGCAACACCACAGUGACCUGCCAGGCCACCGUACCAGCGCUCCAAACUCCCAUCCUGAGCUCCGUUACACUCGUGGUUGUUCCAAAACCGACAGACUGGACCGUGCUCAUUGCUAUUGUGGUGUCGUUUUCAAGUUUUGCACUGCUGGUUCUGUUGAUCUUCGGGGUCAUCUUCUGCUACAACAGGAGGAAAGAAAAAGAACCAUCGUAUCAAGUGGAAAUGAUGAGACAGAGGACCCAGAGUCAGUUAAGCAACAGGCCGGCGCAGAGGCAGGGUCAAGUCAACCCAGUUUUCACCAUCGACGGUCAAACAAAUUUACCUUCGAGUAACCGCAGUGACAGCGGGUUCUCCCAGAAUAAUGGGCUCCCUGUGUACGAGCUCCCUGCAUCAGAAAACGAUCUGGCAGGAAACGGCUAUAACGCUGCCUACAACAGCCUUGAAUUUGGCUUCACCAAACAUAGACACGUCACUAUUGUAUGA